AUGCUGAAAAUGCUAACUGUGUCUGCGGCUGGCAAGUAUCAGACGCCAGUGCCCGUGGACUGCUCGGACGAGGCGGGCAACACGGCGUUGCAGUUCGCCGCGGCCGGCGGCUACGAGCCGCUGGUGCGCUUCUUGCUGCGCCGCGGCGCCUCGGUCAACAGCCGCAACCACUACGGCUGGAGCGCGCUCAUGCAGGCAGCCAGAUUUGGGCACGUGAGCGUGGCACACCUACUUUUGGAUCAUGGGGCUGAUGUCAACGCCCAGAACCGGCUAGGGGCCAGUGUGCUCACUGUAGCCUCUCGGGGUGGCCACCUGGGUGUGGUGAAGCUGCUCUUGGAAGCUGGUGCCUUUGUAGACCAUCACAACCCCUCAGGCGAGCAGCCGGGGGCAGGGGACAGCAGGGACGAACUAUUGGACAUCACAGCCCUAAUGGCUGCCAUCCAGCACGGGCAUGAGGCCGUGGUGCGUCUGCUGAUGGAGUGGGGUGCAGACCCCAACCGCGUGGCCCGAACUGUGGGCUGGAGCCCACUGAUGCUGUCGGCGCUCAUCGGGAGGCUUGGCAUGGCCCAGCAGCUGGUAGAGAAGGGGGCCAACCCUGACCACCUCAGCGUGCUGGAGAAGACCGCCUUCGAGGUUGCACUUGACCGCAAGCACAGGGACCUUGCAGACUACCUGGACCCGCUGACCACGGUCAGGCCCAAGACAGAUGAGGAGAAAAGGCGGCCUGAUAUUUUCCAUGCAUUGAAAAUGGGAAACUUCCAGCUGGUCAAAGAGAUUGCGGACGAAGACCCCAACUACGUGAACCUGGUCAACGGGGAUGGGGCCACUCCGCUGAUGCUGGCAGCUGUCAUGGGGCAGCUGCCGCUGGUGCAGCUGCUGCUAGAGAGGCACGCUGACGUCGACAAGCAGGACAGCGUGCACGGCUGGACGGCCCUCAUGCAGGCCACCUACCAUGGGAAUAAGGACAUUGUCAAAUAUCUGCUAAACCAAGGGGCUGAUGUCACUCUUCGUGCAAAAAACGGGUACACGGCCUUUGACCUAGUGAUGCUGCUGAGUGAUCCUGGUGGGUUGUUCCCUGAAAAGGGUCAUAAACCUGCACGGCCUUUCUCUGGGGACGAUUUUCCUAAACUGGAGACGAGCAAAAGGCCUCCGUCUGGGACUUCCACUACCUCCAAGAGCACCUCCCCUACGCUCACACCCUCCCCUUCACCCAAAGGGCACACGGCUGAGUCCUCGGUGUCCUCCUCUUCGUCCCACCGGCAGUCCAGGAGCAGUGGGGGCUCCAGCAGUGGCACCAUCACAGAUGAGGAUGAACUGACUGGAAUCCUUAAGAAAUUAUCACUUGAGAAAUAUCAGCCCAUUUUUGAGGAGCAAGAGGUGGACAUGGAAGCAUUCCUCACGCUCACCGACGGCGACUUGAAGGAGCUGGGUAUUAAGACAGAUGGAUCCAGGCAGCAGAUUUUGGCAGCGAUUUCUGAACUGAAUGCAGGCAAGGGACGCGAGAGACAAAUUUUACAGGAAACCAUUCACAACUUCCACUCUUCCUUUGAGAGCAGCGCCAGCAACACCAGGGCCCCUGGAAACAAUCCCUGUACAUGAUCCUCCCUCCUGUGGUCACCAGCGUGAGCUUUCUGAAUCCCAGUGCUGCCCUCUCAUAGCCACUGCUCCAGCCAGCAUCAGCUCUUCCCCAUUCCCUCAGACACGCCUCGCUUGGUCACACUGCUGUGCCUUUGUCACGUUCCCUCUGCCCCGAACGCCCGUCUCCCCUUCUCUUCCCUGCUGUCCUAGCUGGUGAUGCUGUUGCCGUAAGGAACUCAAACACAGUAGACUUCUCCUCACAUGAAGUCCCGUAUGGCUGCUUCUGCUUGGUAGGUGGCUUCCCACUGUGAUUUGGGGACCCAGUUCCUUUCACCUUGUGGCCCUGUCAUCCCCAGGGUCCUCAGCAUCUUUGCCUCUGGUUGGCAGAAAGGGGAAAGGGGCGGUGGAGAAGGCACAGCCAUUCUUAACCACCUUUCUCUUGACUGCUCCUGCUCUAGCCACUCCUGCUCACGUUCCAUUGGCCACCAGUAGUCACAUGGCCCCACCUGGCUGCAAAGGAGGCUGGGAAAUGUAGUCUCUGUUCAGGCGGUGGCUGCCCAGCAGCAAGUCUACACUUAGCCAGGGCAGCACAUGUUUUAGAGGAAGCUUAGCCUUCCCUGACACAUCCUCCUGUAAAACUUCUAACUUGUUCUUUGUGAUCCAAGUCACCGAUCCAGUGAAGCCUUUCCUGACUCCCUUACACAGAACUAACUAUUCAGCCCCGAGGGUCCCUUACUGCUUGUUUAUAACUCUGUUCUAACACUUGGCUGCACCGACAGCAUACAACAUACAACAGGUGUUCAGGAUGUGUAUGUUGAACGUGUUUUUCGUUAUUGCAACGGCAGCCUUUUCUGUAGGAAAAAAAAGAGUAGGCCUGCUGUGUGAUCUUGGAUCCCUUCUCCUUUCUGGCCGUCAGUGUCCUCACCUGUAAGAUUGGGGGUCAGGCAGGAUGAUGCUCUGAUAGUCUACGCUGCUCACCCCAUGUCACUGUAGGCCUUCCUGCACUUCAAGGGAGAGCCAAAGACCCUAAUAUAUUACAUUGUGGAAGGACUUUGGUGCUUAGAUUUUCUAGACAAAGAAGACAAGUGUUUGGAAUUUCUUGUACACCCUGUUAAUGCUAUGUUCCUCAGACGGGAAUCGGUUCUUAACGUUUUCUGCCAUGUCCUAUUAUAUUAGCAGAGCUCUGACUUCUAAAAUCCAGUAGCUUUUGGAAGUGUUUUCAAGUAAGUAAUUUGUUUGACCAACGCUUGCUGCAUUUCUGUAAUGUGCCGGGGAUGCAGAGACAAGCUAGAGCCAGUCCCACCCUUGGGGACCUUGAUAGGCAGGAGAAGACAUGAAUGGUCAGUCCCAACCUCGAGAAGCAGCAUGGCAGAGUGGUUUGUGCUCUGGACUCUGGCUCAAAGUUCACCUCCAGCCCCGGGGCUGGCCAGCUGCGUGGCCUGGGACAGGUCACUUGGCCUCCUGCUCAGAGCCGAGAGCCACUGUGCAGAAAGCUUUUAGUCUGCACAAAGUGCCCAGUAGACAGCAGGCUUCACAGAGUUCUCGUCUUUGCCACGAGCUCCACCAGGCUGCGUGCUGAUCUCCCUGGGAGGCGUGGCCUCUCGUGUCCUUCCCCAGCCACGAAAGCCUGCUCCCCCUCCCCUGGCUUCUUGCCUGUUGUGCCAGCCCCUCCAUCCUCUCAUCCUCCCACCAGCAGCAGCCGACUUGCAGCAUGACUGGAGAGAGGUUUCACUUUAGCCAUCACCGACAGGCAUCUUUAUGAAUAUCCCUCAAAGUCAGGCCUUUAAGGACACGUGGUCAUUGAGCACCUACUGCGUGCAGCAGCUUGACCUGUGUCAUCCAUCCUCCCCGUCACCCUGGAGAACCCUGCACAUCUGGGAGACAGACAUGGAGUGAAGCUGCAUGCCAGUUACCCAGGCUGGGGUGGGGGGUGGUGGUGGUGGGCAGAGCUGGCCUAGAACUGGAUCAGGCAGGCUUCCAGGCCCAUGCCUUUUCCACUGAUCCAGGUAGGCUCCUGGAGCUGGAAGCGCCGGGUAUUCUCACUGUUGUAAUGGACUGGUGUCUUCAGGGGUUAGUUCUCAAUAGGUUGAGGGUUGUUUACCCCUGAAAUACAUUGGCCCCUGAGUUA